AUGCAAAAUGUUGCCGUCUCGCUUCGGCGCGCAAAGCCGUCAGACGCCGUAGCGAUCGCCACGAUAUGCACCGACUCCUUCUACGGAGAGCACGAACUCAAGGACGGUCCGAUCAAAUUCAGCCAGCGGGCUGCGGUAUGGAGUAAGGUCUACCUCGCAGUCUCGCGCCGGCUACAAUUUGAGGGGCAGCGCGAAUGCCGGCUGGUGGUGGCGAGCGACGCGCGUGGCGGGCCGCUGAUCGGUUGCGUCGACCUCGCGGAGCGCCGGUUCGAGCUUACACGUGACGAGAUGCCGUCCGGAGGAAGGCAUGCCUGGCGGCCGUACGUCGCCUCUCUGGCAGUGGAUCGGGCCUACCGGCGGAGGGGCGUGGCGCGCUGCCUCGUCGGCGAGGCGGAGCGAGUCGCUCGCAGCUGGGGCCACGGGGAGGUGUCCGCGCAGAACGAGCCGGCGCUCGCCUUUUACCGGCGAGAGGGGCUUGUGGUGGUCUUUCUAUCAGAUGCCGAAAAUGUGUUAUGCGCCGCCCCGGCCCGGUUGUAUAUUUCCCUAUCCUUUUAA